CUUGACUGCAAGGGAAAGCUCAGAUUUCAACUGGGCUGGAAGUUAGGUCUCAGGAUCCAAAAGGAGCACCCGGGGUACCUGCCCUGCCUCCUACCCUGUUCCGUGUAUAUCACUAUGGAAUUUGCCAACUUCAGCAGCUUUAAGGGGCAUGCUGUUUGCAGACUCCUAUUAACAGUGAGAACUCUUUGCAGGGAAGGAAAAAUAAACUUGUCUAGGAGAUGUAACUGAGCAAUCUCUCUUUUUUGAUACAGCGGCAAUGAGAAUGACCUGUUCUUUGAGGAGGAUGGCCCAAAACAGAUGAAGGGCAGCUUCCAAGACCUGGACCUCAGCUCCACAGGAGAUGGGGGCAUCCAGCUUCAAUUCUCCCACCAACUUUACAACAAGACUUUCAAGCAUGUCGUGUCAAUCAUUGUGGCUAUGGAGAAGCUGAAGAAGAUACCCGUUCCCUGCUCACAGGCCUUCCAGGAUGAUGACUUGAGGAGCCUCUUUUCUGUCAUCUUUGAAGAAGAACCCAUCAUCUGCGACAACUGGGAUGAAGGUUAUGUAUGUGAUGCAGCUGUGCAUUCAGUGAACUGCAGACUCCGGGACAUAUACCAUAAAUCCCUGGUGCUGUCCGGUGCAUGCGAGCUGCAGGCUGUCCACCUCAAUGGAGAGAAUACAAACCAACAAGUGGUGUUCUGCAUGAGCUUUGUGCAAGGAGAAGAAGAGACUGACAAGAUACCUGUGGCCUUGGGCCUCAAGGGAAAGAAUCUGUACCUGUCUUGUGGGACGAAAGAUGGGAAGCCCAUCCUGCAGCUGGAGACAGUAGACCCCAAUACUUACCCAAAGAGGAAAAUGGAAAAGCGAUUUGUCUUCAACAAGAUGGAAAUCAAGGGCAACGUGGAAUUUGAGUCUGCAAUGUACCCCAACUGGUACAUCAGCACCUCUCAAGCAGAAAAAAAGCCCGUCUUCCUAGGAAAUACCAGAGGCGGCCGGGACAUAACUGAUUUCAUCAUGGAAAUCACCUCUGCCUAAGAAUACUACAUCCAGAGAGUCCACAUGUGAUAAAUAAUGCUUAAGAGUGGCAGAGGGGAAUAGAAGGGUUUGAACAUGCUGCAGGCUGCACUUCACUGUUGUCUAAUCAAUGCCCAGCUGCCUUCCCUAUAUUAGUGCUAAGGAAAGCUCCUGCCCACCAGGCGGGUGGAGCAGCCCCGUCUCCCAGAGCCAAUCCUCAGACCCCCUCUGCUGAGCAGGGCCUCUCUCACCUCUGUUACUCACUCAAAGACAGCCAGGUAGAAAUCUCUGCACUGCAGUUCAAAGAAACCCUCUGUCGUUUGCACCCAGCUUCUGAUGAGCAACUGCUUAAUUAUUUAUUUAUUUAUUUAUUGGUGGGUUAGUCUAUUUAAUUUAAUUCAAGGUGGCCAGGAAGCAGCACUGUCUGUGAAAGACCCCAAUUUUCAACAUCUAUGGAACCAGUUUAAUUUGGACUAGUGUACC